CGUCGCCGCCGCCCCCGCCCUCAGCGUCGAGUCCAUGUACCAGGAGCAGGGCGGCGCGUGCGGGCCCGGGUACGAGCUGGUGGUCCGCAAGGUGCUCGGCGCGUCUUGCGAGUGCGUCGAGGAAUCGUGCAAGGAGGGCGCGGAGGGCGCGCGCGAGGUGCGCACCGAGGCCGAGAGGUCCUUCGGGAAGCAGGAUGAGCCAUCCGUGCAGAGCGGAGGCGUCACCAUCACCUUCAUGAACAAGUAACGGAGAGAAAAGAGGGCGAGAGACAAAGACGACGUAACGAGUAAGGGUUUUAGAGAGAACAGGUCAAUCGUCGAUUAAACGACAUCCGACUC